AUGGCAGAGAAGCUUUUCCAGAAGCCGAAGGUCUAUGACCCAACGAUGGCCGAACGAGUGCCGCCUGUGAAUUCGAAGCAGCAGAUGAUGGAUUUGGGCUUUGACGAGAUUGAAAACAAUGCAGGGCUCUACCCGGAGCUCGAAGAGAAAUGCGGCCAUCUUGCCGAACAGCUGGAUGCGGCGCAGUUGAAGGUGAAGACCUUGGAAGAGAAUUUGGAGAAGGCCAAAGUGGAUGAAGCAAAGACCUCGCAGAAGCUGCAGAGCUUCCAACAAGUGAAUAGGUCACAGACUGCUCUCGUCAGAGGCGAACUUCAAAAGACGCGGAAGAAAUUGGCACAUAUGCAAUCUGUGGCGCAACGGCUCAGAGAUCAAGCUGCCUGGUUUCAGUCCAAGUCGCCAAACCUAUCUCUUCCGGAGGAACUGCGGAGCCUGCCAACAGAAGAGGAUGCAGCGGAGGAUCACGCCGAGCUUGUUCAGCUGCAUGAACGCUGGGAGAAGGAUGUGGCACAAUUGGCUGCAGAGCUUUCUGGCAGACCCGGCAGUUACGAGGACCAGACCCGAUUCGAAUUGGAGCAGCGGGUGAAGAAGCAAACGAAUCUUGUCCAUGGAGUUGGUACUACUGUGCAAUAG